GAUAUCCUGRAUACYAGGUGCGAGCUAUUGUUUCAAUCUGAGACCCUUCACAUCAAAAACUUGGCCAUUAAUAUUAGUACGCAUGUUCAAUGCAAAUACCUUGUAACAGUGUGUGUUCACUAGAUGUAAUAAUGAAGAAUCUAGUAUUGUAUACUAUUUUUAUCCUGACAGUGAUUGUCUGCAUUCAAGGUCUGGAYCGUGGUGCAAAACGUGAACUAUGGCAGGGAAUACUUGGUGACCARGUGUACGAUCUUACGUCAUCUCCCAAGUACAAAAACCAGCCAGCGGAUAUCGUGACCAUACUAACAUUGUUAGAGGCACCUGAUGACAUCGGAGAAAAUUAUGGACAAAGGGUGACUUCAUACUUUCUUGCGCCAGAGACUGGCUACUACUAUUUCUACUUGUCAUGUAAUUUGGCUUGUCAAUUAUGGGUUAGUACAGACCAUUCUUCAUCAAAUGUAGUUUUGAACAUUGAAAUAAAGCCACCAGGACUAGCAAAUUAUCAAGAUUGGCAAAAAAGCAACACUCCCAUUUUCUUUGCCGAGAAACAUUUYUAUUACAUCAAACUUUUAAUGAAAGAAAAGAACGGCAGUGAUUUUCUGGGUGCUGGGGUACGUUUUCCAAGUGGCGUUGAACUCAAACCAAUCGGAGCCAAUUAUCUGUUUCGUACUAUACCAGAGCACCGUUCUGGAUCGUUCGUGCAGACAAGCCGUGAUGUCAUACCUGGUGAUGACGCAGUUAUUCGUUCUUUCGUGAACGUCACCUGCCAACUGACAUGCGCAAACUAUUGCAUCAGUCAGUCCAAGUGCCAUUCCUUUAUCUACCACGUGAUCACAAGAGCAUGCGUACUUUACAAACUGUCGAAACAUCACGUGAUCCAUUCAGAUUGGAACAGUUAUUUGUAUGUCAAAGUAAUGUGAUUGGCAGGACGUCCAUGCCUUAAUUCACAUCGCGGGAAUAGUGCUAUAGCAAGGUCUCAUGUUGCCUGGCCACUCCUUGAUGGUAUAUUAGACAUAGAUUGUUGUAUUAACAAAUUGUCGACAAAUAAAAUAUCAAUUCU